UUUGAGGCACUGCUAUUGGAGGGCGAUUUUUUUCCACCGUCCUCGUACGUCUCCUGAUCUGCGCGUCAGUUUGACCGGGAAUAACCUCCCGAAUCAGCGGGGCUCAUCAGGCCUGCAGCUGCAGGGGAAGGAGAGUGUCAGUUACCACCAGCAGGACCGUGUUCAACUGCGAUCGAUGGGCUUGUUUUGUGUUUGUUCCGUAUGCACACCGAUUUAUCAGUUAAACCCUACCGAAUGGAACACGCUGUUUUCAUCUUUGUUCAAAUCUACAAAAUCCUUUCUAGAAACUCGACAAUUCGCGUGGACUCAAUUUCACGCAGAGCCUUUGCUUUGGCUGCCCAAGAAAUUAUGUGUCUGAUGUGAUGGAUCAAGUCAGAUUGAGGAUUUUACGCUGCUGCUUUUUCAGUUUUCGUCUGGAUUAUUAAUUGUAUGCACUUUCAAAAAACGGAACCUUUCUCGAAGUAUAUUGUUGGCCUUGUAUUUACACAGCUAAAAAGUUAUACUUGUCGCUGCUGAAUUUUUUACAAUACACUCAAACUAUCCAGUCCAGGCCUUGACGCCGGGUGAACUCCAAAAAGACAAUGGCAGCUUUUGGUUCCAAUGUGCUCUUGUCUGCGACAAGAUCCAGGGGAUCAUACCUCCUUACCCAGAGACACCAUUGCCCAUAUUUCCCUUCCACGGCAGCACUCCACUACCACCACGAACACUCAAAUAGGACUUCUUCUGUAACUAAAAGGAAUCUCAAAUCUCCAUACAUUCAUAGCGCUCUGCCUCACUUACGGACUAGUUACUUAUCCUCUCGUGCACUGCAUGGGUCGUGCUGCUGGCGUCAAGAAGCGAAACCGGCAGGGCCUAGUGAUAACAGCACUGUAAAGGAGGACCCAGCUCCUGCCCCGGCGCCCGAGAAAGCUGUGGUGAAAAAGUCAUUGAGACAGAAAGUAGUGGACGAAAUUAAACAUUACUAUAAUGGAUUUCGGCUGCUGGGGAUCGAUACCAAGGUCGCUGCCAGGAUGGGCUGGAGGUUAUUGCAUGGGCAGCAGCUCACCAGAAGGGAGAGGAGAAGGCUGCUGAGGACCUGUGCAGAUCUUUUCCGUCUUGUCCCAUUCACGGUCUUCAUCAUCGUCCCUUUUAUGGAGUUCCUGCUGCCUGUGUUUCUCAAGCUUUUCCCAGAGAUGCUGCCUUCGACCUUUGAGACGCAAUCAAAGAAGGAAGAGAAACAGAAGAUACAGCUGGCCGCCAAACUGGAACUGGCCAAGUUUCUCCAAGAAACCAUUGCCGAGAUGGCCAGGAGGAACAAAGCCCAAACGGCUGAAACGCAAAAGUUUUCAACUUACGUACAGAAGGUUCGACACUCAGGGGAACAGCCUGCCACCCAGGACAUUGUGAGUUUCUCCAAACUCUUUGAGGACGAGCUGACCUUGGAGCACCUAGAGCGCCCCCAGCUGGUUGUGCUGUGUAAACUGCUGGAGCUGCAGCCCAUCGGCACAAACAACCUGCUGAGAUUCCAGCUCCUCUUGAAGCUGCGCAAUAUCAAAUCCGACGACGAGAUGAUCGCUCAGGAAGGUGUGAAUUCUAUGAGUGUGGCAGAGCUCCAGACGGCCUGCAGGAUCCGUGGGAUGAGAUCACUGGGCGUGACGGAAGACCAGCUCCGGCAACAGCUCAAACAGUGGUUGGAGCUCCAUCUGAAGGAGAACGUGCCUCCCUCUCUUCUGCUGCUCUCUCGUGCCAUGUAUCUGACAGAUGUCUUGCCAGCCCCUGCCGUCAUCCCAACACUGCCAAAACUGGAAUCCAUUCAACUUGCUAUAACUCUGGAAGCCCCAGUCAAAGACAAAACAAAGGCACCUGAAAUCCUGGUUGACCCAGCCCCACUAAUUAAGGGUAUCAAGGGAGAGGAACUGUUGGAAAAACCCACUGAGACUUCAAAAGAGCCUUUAAAACCUGAAGUUGUAACUCUUGCCAAAGCUGUGGAAGAAUCACAAAAAAGCACAAAAAAAGUCAGUGCUAAUGGAAUUUGAAGGCAGGAUGCAUGUUCGUUAAUUGGCCUAUUGGAUGAAAUUAUGGAAAGAAACAAAAUGAAUAAAUAGUAUUUUAUAGAAAAUCUCUUCCCCAGGGUGCUUUUAUGAGUGUUUUGAGUAUACAGUAAAUUUUCCAGUUUCGUUCGGAAAGAAUGCUUGGAGGUUUACUGCUUGGCAGCUUUUUUUUUUAUUAUUUAUUUUUUUCCUGUUUGCAACCGUCCAAAACUAGUAACUGAACUGUUCUGUUUAAAACUGUUUUAUAUAAUUUGAAAAUGAAACCUGGUGCGUAAUCAGUUUUUUUUUAAAGUGCCUAAAGUAAUAGUGGAAUUCUAAAACCAUAUCCACAAUGUAUCUAUGUUGAUAACCGCUAAAAUCAGUUAAGUUCAGGAUCUAUUCAAUUGAUCUGAAAUGUGGCAGGUCCAAAUACCACCGUAAUUUAAAUUGUUAAAAAAAAAAAUCAUGAUCUCUAACAGUGUGUGUGAGACUCUCUUUUAUUUUUUAUAAGUAACUCACUUUGGUUGUAUGAUGUUUAAACAGUGCCAAGAAUUAGAUCUUCCAUUGUUUAGAUCAUUGCAACACUCUGGAUUUCUAGCCACGUGUGAGGGCUGUAUUUGAAAACCUUUUUUUCCCAAUGAAAGAACGCUAGCUAUGUGAAAAUGGCUUCUGAUUAUACCCCAGACUUCAAGAUCCUACUCUGAUGUAGCUGCACUAACAUAUAUGUAUAUUUUGUAAAUUAUAGUGAAACUAUAUAAAUGAAUUAUCCUAAAGCAUAAGCACUGUGUUCUGCAGCCAAGUGUCUACAUACCUCCUACUAAAAAACAACAAAACUCCUGUAACUGUAUCUCAUGACUCCUAAAUGUAUAGUGAAACAGGAAGAUCAAUCAAUCUAUUUUAUAUAGCGCCUUUCAUAGUGGACCACUAUCACAAAGCGCUUUACAAGAUGCUCUAAAGUGCUUUGUCAUUUGUAUAGUUGAUGGGGUUAAAUGUCAUCCCUUUUAGAAUCUUCAAAUGUAAAGGGUAAAGUCUGUUUUAUAUAAAUUAUAUAAACAUGGAGAUAUGUCCGUCAUUUCCCUUGUCCUCGAUGAGCUUUACUUGUUUCUGUUUUCUUGAAUUUAAUCUCUAAAGAGAACUGUUCAAACAGUCGAGACGGAAAACACUUUUGUUAGGGGUGUAUAUGGUUGAUCUAAAUACUGUACAUCUGAGAAAGUAGCUUCAAAUUACAUUGUAUCCUGUUACGAUGCUUGGAAUCAUAGACUGGUUCUUAUUGCAGUUACACAAGUAUUCUGUAGUUAUUUAGAAGGUGCUGUGAUAAUGAGUUCAGGAGCUGCUCUUGCGGUCCAGUUACUAUAGGCAUAUGUAUUGUAAGCUUGAUCAGUCGAAGUGUCUUUAUAUUACUAAGAGUCAGCACCUCCAAGUGUAAAGCAGUGUAUUGCCAGCAAAACAAAAGGACAUUUUUAUAGUUUAUCUAUGGCAGGUAACUAGAACUCAAGAGCAGCUUCUGGACUUCUGUGAAAGGACCUAACACUGACUUGUCCAAUGGUAUUGUAAUAAGAACUGCUCAGUCAUUGCAAAACAACAAAAGAACACCUAAGUAAAUGAAAUUGAAAUCUGCUUGCCUAAUGAAUUGGUCCUCCAUGGUAUUCUACAGAAGUACACCAAAGAUUGACCUAUGUACUGUUAAGAUGUUUUUCAUAUUUUUGGUGCACAUGUUUGUUGACAGUUGUGUGCAAAUAUAUUUACAGAAUAUUUGUCUUCAUUUACUUUUGUACAUUAUAUAUAGUGAAUAUGAAUAUCAAAUAGGAUAACAAAAAUAUUUUAAAACAUUUAUCAAAAUAAUGUUCUCCUUUUUAAUUUAUUGUAUUUUUUUCGAUUUUGUUUUAUGUAUACACAUUAUGAAAAGCUAAAAACCCUUAACCCUGUAAUGCCCAAGUGUUUUUUGGUAUAGGUGAAAGCUAGCACAUGUAUUUAACUAGACCCCAACACACAAACACCUAAUGUAUUGCAUUUAAAAUUUUUGAAUUGGAAACUGGAUUAGGAACAAUAAUAUACUGCAGAGGGUAGAAAGGUUUCAGAGUUAAACCAAAUUAUUCCAUAAAUCUCUCCCAUCACCCACUUCUGUUCAAUAGAUCUUAAAUCUGAUCCUUUUUUUAUAGAUUAAAGAAAUCUUUUGCCUUACUUUCAGGUAGUCUUGUACUUCCUAGAAAGUGAAAUUCACCCCACGACAUAAUGAAUUUUUUUCUCUUGUCCUUAACCAGGCAGCUUCUUCCCUGUUUAUUUGAUUAAAUUGUCCUAAAUAUAUGAUUAUCUUGUGAUGAGGGCCACAGGAAUGCCACACAUUUAAAACGUUGCUGUUAUGAAGUUUUUUUUUUAGAUAGUAUUUAUCUCAUGAAAAAUAUGAACUGUUGCCAUAAAUUUCAGCACAGAAACAGAAACCAGUGGUGCCAUCAAAUACAUACUUUGUUUAAGGUUGUCAAAGUUAGAAGACCAUGAUCAUUAGCAGCAUUAAAAUAGUAUCUACUAUAUUAGCAUUGCCCUUUUGCUUGCAUUUGCAUAUGAAAAGCACCAGUGUUUGUGAUCCAUACAGUAAUAUGAAAAGGACACAUGUACAGAAGGUUGCAUGUCGGUAAUCCAUAGAUGCUUUCUUUGCAAUAAAUGUGUUGGUGAAGCCCUACCAACUCAGCUUUUCAAAGCCUUAUAUUUAAAAUAAAUAUGAUGUAAAUACAUAUUGAAGAUGCCAUUUAUCCUGUAUUAAAAAAAAAAUGCAGCUGUACCGUGCAUUAAAAAGUGAUUCAAAGACUUCCAGCUCGUUCUUGUUUAGAGAAUUACUUUUCUGUUUGUUUUAUUAUUUGUGAAUUUGGUGCUCAUAGAGAGACUGUCUUAGACAAUGUGCCAUUAGUGCUCCCCUGGUCCUCCUGACCUGAACAGCCCCUGCCAUUCAG